UCUCCGCCCCACGUUGUGCGCCGUCAGGUGCCGACAUCCGCAUCUGCGCUGCGGGGUCAACCCUCUCCGGACCUGACAGCGCGUGUUGGACUGCGUGUUGACUCGGACCAAGAGGCGAGAAGAAAAGAUGGAGGACGGUUUGAAACCAACGGGCGACAGGAAGCUGGACCAGGCUGUCCGACAGUGGCUGCAGUAUGACAGGAACCCCAAGACAUCAUCCCUGGUGAAGCACAUGGUGAAGGACGGUGAAGUGGAGGCUCUGAAGAAGUGUUUCUCCUGCAGGAUGGAGUUUGGUACGGCAGGACUGAGAGCCGCCAUGGGCCCCGGCGUUUCCUGUAUGAACGACCUCACGAUUAUCCAGACCACGCAGGGUUUCUGCCGCUACUUGGAGCAGAGUUUUGGUAACCUUAAAGAGCGAGGCGUGGUGAUCGGGUACGACGCACGCGCCCACCCUCCCAGCGGGGGCAGCAGCAAGCGAUUCGCCAGGCUGGCUGCAGCGGUUUUCAUCAGCCAAGGAGUGCCAGUCCACCUCUUCUCUGAGAUCACCCCAACACCGUUUGUGCCUUUCACAGUUUCUCACCUGGGUCUGUGUGCUGGUAUCAUGGUGACCGCCUCGCAUAACCCCAAACAGGACAACGGCUACAAGGUGUACUGGAAAAAUGGUGCCCAGAUCGUGUCUCCUCACGAUGCUGGGAUCUCCAAAGCCAUUGAGGAGAACCUAGAACCCUGGCCAGAAUCCUGGAACACAGAGGAGGCCCUGAAGACCCCUUUGCUGAAAGACCCCUACCAGGAUAUUACCACACAAUACUUUCAAGCCAUCCAGAGACACUGUCACCACAGAGAGAUAAACAAGAACUCACAGGUGAAAAUAGUGCACACUUCUGUGCACGGCGUCGGUCACACGUUUGUCCAAUUGGCUUUCGAGGCUUUUGAUCUUCAUCCUCCAUAUCCCGUGGAAGAACAAAAAGAUCCAGACCCUGAAUUUCCCACCGUCAAAUACCCUAAUCCUGAGGAGGGAAAGGGAGUCUUGACAUUGUCGUUUGCGCUUGCAGAAAGGGAAGGAGCCUCUGUGGUGUUGGCCAAUGACCCCGAUGCUGAUCGAUUAGCUAUAGCUGAGAAGCAGGAAAGUGGACAGUGGCGAGUGUUCAGUGGUAAUGAGCUGGGAGCCUUGCUGGGUUGGUGGCUGUUCCACUGCUGGAGGGAGCAGAACUCUGACGCUGCCGCGGUUAAAAGCAUCUACAUGCUGGCAAGCACCGUGUCAUCCAAAAUACUCCGAGCCAUCGCUCUGAAGGAGGGUUUCCACUUCGAGGAAACCCUAACAGGUUUUAAAUGGAUGGGGAACAGAGCCAAAGACCUUUUGGACCAGGGAAAAAGUGUUUUGUUUGCUUUUGAGGAGGCCAUAGGGUAUAUGUGCUGUAACUCUGUAUUGGAUAAGGAUGGAGUCAGCGCUGCGGCUAUCGCAGGAGAGAUGAUUUCAUACCUGGCCACCAAAAACAAAAGUCUCUCUCAACAGCUCACUACCAUCUUUGAAGAGUAUGGUUAUCACAUCAGCAAGAACUCCUACUUCAUCUGCCACGACCAGGAAGUGAUCCACAGUCUGUUUGAACGUCUGCGCAACUUCAGUGGCAAGAAGGACUCGUAUCCCUCAGAAUGUGGCCGCUUCUCCAUCUCCGCUGUUAGAGACUUGACCACCGGCUAUGACAGCAACCAGCCCGACAACAAAGCUAUUCUGCCUACCUCCAGCUCCAGUCAGAUGAUCACCUUUACCUUCUCCAAUGGCGGUGUUGCCACCAUGAGGACCAGCGGCACUGAGCCGAAGAUCAAAUACUACACGGAGCUCUGCGCUGCUCCUGGUAACAGUGAUGUGACGCAUCUGAAGAAGGAACUGGAUGACUUGGUUGACGCCAUCGUUGAGAACUUCUUUCAGCCCGUAAAGAAUAAGCUGCAGCCCAAGCCUGAGUAGUUCUGAUGGAAAUUAACUGGACAAGCCGAAGAAGGUCUCUCUGACCACCAUUUUACAUGUCUUAAUUACUACUGAACAGUUUCUUGUUUUUUUUUUUUCUCUCCAGCUAAAUGAACUAUUCUACAAGUUUGCCCCACGGUAUUUAGAAAUUGUACUAGUAAUGCGAAAAUCUGACCCCAGUUUAGUUGAAUUAGAAUGAGUAGCUGUGGAUGUUUUUGAUUAAAGUGACUAGCCAAACAUUUCUAAACAAUUAAUCAACAAUUUGUCAGCUAGAGAUCAUGUUGUGGUCAGUUCCUUUGAUUUGUUUUGCUAUUUUGCUGUAAAUAAUUGAAUCAAAACAAACUCCACCCUUUCCUGCACACAUGCCUCUAAGGCAACUGAUCAGAGGUUUUGUGUCAGCUUGUAUUUUUGGGGGGAUUUCUAUGUGCUGAAUAUCCACAGAAACCAGUUAGUUGGAAACAUUCAAAUCAGAAUAUGUGAUUACAAUUUUCUGGUUCUGGUGACAAUCGUCACUUCUUCAGCUCUGCCAUCCACAGCUGGAUCAAUCAUAGCCUGAGAGUCACCAGAGUUCAGUUAGAGCUCAUAUACAUAAGUUUGAAUCUGUUGAAACUCAAAUGCAAUUCGAUUGUUUCUGGAUUUAUAUUGAAAUAUGUCCUCCAUAUUUACUAAUGCCAGCUGAUCGGUUCAAUUUUUGUGCUGCUUGUGAUGUCAUCAACUCUUGCAGAAUAAGCUUUUUUUUUUUUUUUUUCAGUGCACUUUCUAGAAACAUCCCAUCUUUGUUAAAUCCUAAAUUGGAAAUCCAUAUUUUUAUUCUGAGUGUAUAUUUGUUUGUAGAAGACAGAUACCUACUUAAAAAGUACCUCAUUCCUAUUGACCAUGACUGUAAACUCGUAUUCUCCUUUAACGCCACAGUCAUUCCUUAUAUCUAGUUGCUGUUAUCAUGCAAACUCAGACAGCUGCACAUUACAUGUAUUCCAUUGAAUACAUUCCAAAAUACACUGAGCUUUAGUAUGAGCGCACUGCUGCUGAUGUGAAGGUUACCUUCAAACUCAACUAAAUGUUGGGAACAGCUGUUAGCCUUUGAAACUAUGCCUUGUUGCAGCUGUUAAUUAUGAGAAAUUUACCACUGAAACAUGUUUAGAUCCCUUUAAUCAAUGCAGAUGUGGAAAACUAAUACUGUCAGACUGCAGACUUACCGGUGUUGCCCCAAACUCUGUCACCAUCAAAUAUUGUAACUAUGAAGGGGAGUGUUGGGAGGGUGGAUGAAAGUACAAAUUGUAACAUAUUCUGACAGCUGUCAUCAGAAAAUGGGACCGUAGUGUAACUCAGUGGAUAACUCAGUGGAUAGCCCAGUGUUAAAAGGUUCACUCCAUCGUGUUUAUAUCAGUGAUGAAAAGUGUUUUGCGUACAUUCGAGAAACAAGAAAGUUGCCUUCACCAAAGUAUUUUGGUUUGAGUUUUAAAGCAUUUCCUUUAAGUUAAAGCAUGGACACAUUGUCUGAUGACAGCUAUCAGAAUAUGUGACUGUCUGUAUUUUAGUCUCUCUCGCAUGUCAGAAUUUACUUUUUUUUUUUAUAUACUGCGGGAUAAAACAUUUUUCUAUUAAUACUUUUUGUUUUAAAUUGUAAUAUGGUUAUAUUUUCUGUAAUGACAUGUCAUUAUGUGACCUUCUGUAUUUUAAUCCAAGUUCCUAACAGCACUCUGUGGAUUAUCAAUACUGUCACACAAUUUGGUGGAACGCCAGAGGGAACAAUUUUAACCAUAAAGCGUGAGGUUCUCAGUACCACCUAACGCCUAAUAAAUGGUGAUGUAAGCGCCACUUGGCGUUUUUUAGCUCCACUGCAUGCUUGAUAAGCGACAGAAGGCGUUUCGUAGGUGCUACCAGGUGUAAAUUAAAACCGAUUUGCAGUUCAGUUAGUAACUCCACCCUCUAUGGGGGUUGUAGUUUUAAAGCUAUGUCGGUGAAUAUUCUCCUGUACACGCCCAGCUGGAGAUGCUGUACUUUUUCAAUGCUAGGUAGUGCUUAUUAUGUCUGCUGUCAUUUCCCCUAACUGUGUGUUUAUUGUACCUCAGAUGGAGCUAGAAAAUUUAUUUCCAAAAUGGCUUUCCAUAUUCUACCGGUUUGCCUUAAACAACUUCGCCUCGAUGCUUAGAGCGCCACCAGGGGGAGACAUUGUUCCAAUGAAUCCAUGUUGCGACUUAAAGCGGGUCUUCACAUCUCCUUGUUACUUUCCAGUAUGACUGAGCCCUCUGUUGACAUGUGCUCUACUUUUAUGUGAUGUUCUUGGUUUCCUAAACACUGUGCUCAUAUGCAUUUAUUCCCCCCACCAAUAAAAACCGUUUCUAACUCCA